GAUCAACGGGGUCUGUUCAUUGCUCGUGAAAUACAAGAACGAGUGAGAUUGAUAAAGUAGGACUCAAGCCGGGAGUUUGAACGCUGUAAUAGUCAGAGGACUUCCAAAGUCAACCUCACGUCUCUCUCGAGAUAUGGGUUGCUACAACUGUUGCAUGCGCUGCCUAGGGGGCAUCCCCUAUACCUCCUUGGUGGGCACCCUCAUGUGCUUCUCAGGUGUGGCGCUGUUCUGUGGAUGUGGCCACCAGGCGCUUACUGAAACUGAGAGGCUCAUUGAGGAUUACUUUGCCCGCAACCUGCAGGAUUACAUCACCCUGGCCUACAUAAUACAAUACUUCCAGUACAUCAUCUAUGCCCUGGCCUCCUUCUUCUUCCUUUACUGCAUUUUGCUGCUGGCUGAGGGCUUUUAUACCACCAGUGCUGCCAAGCAAACCUUUGGGGAGUUUCGGAGCACCGUCUGUGGCCGCUGCCUCGGCACCACGUUCAUUGCUGUGACGUACGCCUUGGCCGUCCUCUGGUUGGUGGUGUACGCCUUCUCUGCCCUCCCUGUUUUCUUCUUCUACAACAUGGCCUCCACCUGCCACAUCAUCGACGAGCUGUCCGAGUCGACCGCAAACAUCAACCAGCUUUGCAUUGACGCCAGACAAUAUGGACUGCUGCCCUGGAAUGCAAUUCCUGGAAAAGUUUGUGGAAUGACGCUCUCGAACACUUGCAAAACGAAAGAGUUCCAGCUCACCUAUGACUUGUUCAUAGCUGCGUUUGCAGGAGCAGGAAUCACACUACUGGCCCUGUUCACGUAUGUGAUGUCCACCACCUAUAACUUUGCUGUGCUGCGGUAUCUGAGCAGAAAGGGCAUAGCUGUACGGCUUCCUGCAUCUGGCAACCAUGCGGCUCUACUUGAGGGAGCAGCAGCGCAAACACAAGGCUGAAUUUGUGGACCUUGACCUCUUCGGAACACCUGUUAUGGAUUGGAAAAGGGGUAUCUGUUCUCCCUAUGGGGCACCUGAUCAAGAGCUGUGAAAGCCCCAAAGCAUGCUGGGAAAGCACUCUACCUUUGUGUAGGACUCUGGGCUUCUCUGCAGGUCGCAGGAAAUGUGAGACUGUUGAAGUGCAUAGCCAGUGUCCAGUUUAUAGUUUUCAGCCAGUGCCACUAGAGGGCGAUACAUUACAAUUCAUAAAAGCCCUGAUCCUUUGGUUAUCCGCUACAUGAAUUUGCCAACAUCGCACUAAAUGUAAAUAGAAUAGAUAUUUAGUACUACUUUGUUCUCUGCAGUGGCCUAAAAGAAUGCUGCCAGAAUGAAUGAGUUAAAAUAUUAAAUAGCUGCUUUACAAAAGUUAUAAAUCCAUUUGUACUUCUGUUUAAAUGUAUUGAAUAAUGGAGGUUUAAGCAGCAAUUCAUUGCAUUGUUUCUUUAAUUAAAAAUACCAACCACACUA